AAAUUUUCACAUUCAAAGCACAUUUUAACGUCUGAUAUAUUAUUAAAUGAUCUUGAAAUGGAACAUUCUUUUCAAACUCGACUAAAUUUAACUACUUCAGAAGUUGAAAUUUUAAAACAACAUGGGAUUUUCUCCAUUCAUACUUUUCUCAGUCAUUCAGAUAGAGAAAUAGGAAAAAUAUUAAAUAUUUCCACGUCUGUUAUUGCGGAGAGAAAAAAGAACAUCUACUUUUGUAAUAUUGACGUAAUCAACAGUUGGGAUUGUUUACAAGAGUAUAUGGGAAAACUUGAGCUUUUUCGGACAAACAUUGAACAAUUUGAUGAGCUUUUCUCUGGAAAUGGAAUGUCAAGUGGAGACUUAAUUGAAAUAAUUGGUCUACCAGCUUCUGGAAAAACAAUGCUUUUAAACACGAUUAUUAUUAACACACUUGAACAAGCUGAUGACUUCAACAUUUUGUUCAUUGAUACGAAAUAUGAUUUUCAGCCAAUAAAACUUAGUAAGAUUAUGGACAAUAGAAAGAUAACAACGAAUGUGCAGUCAUCUAUCCUUAAACGCGUGACUGUUGAAAGAGUCAGUACGGUUGAAGAUAUCAUCAAAGUUCUCAGAUAUAUUCUCGAUACACCGACACAACACGAGAAACUAAAAAUUAUCAUGAUUGACUCCAUAACAGUUCCAUUUUAUUUCUAUACUGGUCACACGCUUUUCACAUUGAAUCUUAUGACGGAGGUGGUCGAGCUUUUGAGAAUGCUGUCAAGACGGAAUAUUGCUUUUCUCAUCACAAAUCAUGCUUAUCAUUGGGAUUCUUUCGGAGAUGAUCAGGCUUGUGACACGGGACAAGAAAAUUUAAAUUCCAAUCCAUUUUCUUCCUCAGACGACUCACAAUAUAGUGUAUCUAAAAAAAAAGUUAAACCAGCAUUAGGAAAAUAUUGGGAAACUGUUUGCGAACAUAAAGUUCUUUUAGACUUCAACGAUUAUCCUCAUGACUUUGAUUUUGACUUUUUCAAAAUUGAACGUAGCAUUUCGUUAUUUUCAAGUAAAUUUGCUGCACCCACAAGUCCAAAACUCUUUCACAUCACAAAUAAAGGUAUUACAUAGUUAAUUAACU